UUGCCCCUCCUUCAGCAACUCGUGACAGUUGUUGGGAUUUUUAUACACCAGCCAUACCAUUAUAGUGAAAUUACUUCAGACUUCUGUUGCUCCGUGGAUCGGAAGAGGUCUGCGAGAAAAGCAAAUAUGUAUUCCCGGAGAUUAAUCUGCGGUUAAGCCAAGGACGAACAUGUGGAGAGUUCAAGGUUUUGUGGGGAGAGCUCUGCACAGACUCCAUGGCAGCCACACUUUACGACUGACACCGAACCACCAUGUGGAAGAUGAGGUUCUCAACAGCUCAGCUGCUCUCUCCACUUCCAGACAGUCGUCUGACAGCAGGUCUCAGAAGGAGGAGGAUGGAGAAAGGAACAGGAAGGAGAGGACUUUUCAGUUUGAUUAUGCCAAGCUUCCACGUUACACAGCCCUUGAUGCCGUGGGAUGGGGCGCUGUGGCAGUUCUACUUAUGCAGAUCUGCAGGAGAGUCCACUCCAGCUUCUCAUCCAGUUCUGAGGCAAGUCCACAUGCAGGGAGCCUGACAGCAUCCUCGUCCCUGCAGAGGUGUGGCUACCGCAUCCUGCUGGACAUCUUAUCCAGACGUGACGUUCUUCCCAGAGGAAGAAGUGUGCUGUGUCUGCAAGGGGUGCCAGAGAGUCCAAAUGCAGAUCAGUCCUCCACUCAAAGCAGCAGCAACAGUCCAGCCAGCUCUGAGCAGCAGUCUCUGACUGCUGACAUCUCUGACCACCAGGGGGAGCUGCUGUUCCAGCAUUCACAUGAAACUGGAGAGUCUCUCCAGACUGGAGAAUGCCAUCAGAAUGACACCAGUCCAGAAAAAACAGUGAGGAAAAAUGAAACCGCCUCAUCUGAAGAAGAGAAGCUAUCACAAGCAGCACUAAACCUCAAGCAUGUGGGAGACACCAGUAUUCCUGUCAUCCUCAACAUCAUCGGCCUAGAAAACACUAAGACUAAGAAUUACAGGGAAGCUUUCGUGUGUUUUAAAACUGCAGCCCAACAAGGCUACAGCAAAGCCCAGUUUAACACAGCCGUGUGCUAUGAGAAAGGUCGAGGAGUCGACAAGGACAUAGAGAAGGCUCUUCAUUUUUACAGACAGGCAGCAGCCAAGGGCCACAAACAAGCUCAGUACCGAUAUGCAAAGCUUCUGCUGACCAGCAGGGGGCAUCAGAGUGCAGAAGAGAUGAGCACUGUAAUAAACUUACUUACAGAAGCUGCUGCAGCUGGAAUCACUAAGGCUCAGCUGUGCUUAGCUUCCAUCUACUCUCAGGAUCCCAUGAGAAAUGUGUGCAAGUCGAUUACGUACCUGAAGAUGGCAGCAGAGAGUGGAGACGACACUGCCCUGCUGUUUUUGGGUCAGUGUUAUGAGAGUGGCUUUGGCGUCCCACAGAACUUCAACAAAGCUGCUCACUUUUACAAACAAGCAGCUCAAGCUGGCAACAAACAAGCCAAGAGUUUACUCACUCCACACAGUGACAUGCACACUAAAGCUGAAGACGUGGUGAUGCGUUCCAUCCAGUCAGCUCCGUGUUUCCCUGUGGCCGACAGUCGCCUCCUGCCGCCACCCUCCUCCCUGACCACUUCUAGUCAUCAGGCAGCUCUUCCGCUCCUCCCUCACUCCUGGAGUACGGGGAACCUUGGAGCUUCCCGGUCCUUGUCCUCAAGGCCCCUUCACCUCCUGCCAUCCCCCACAGAGAGGGGGCGCUGUCAGUGGACUGUAGGAGUAGGGUAGAUAGACGAACAGUAGAGUUACAAAACUUAAAAGGUCAGUUUUAACAUUCUCUGGUCUGGAUGUAAGUAAACCGGUCAGUUUGCAUAGAUUACACUUUUGCUGAAUCCAAGUUGUUUCCCUACCCCUACAUUCACCCCCCCCGCAAACGGAUAGAUGUAGAAACAAUAAUCUCUUCAAAUUUGGACGUUACUACAGCUUGAUGAUGUCAUUUAAGUUGGCUGGAGCCAGAGGGGAAGCAGUUUAGAUUCAGCCGUAUUCUUUGUUGUCAGAAAAUAAGCUUUCUUUGUUUAAAAAAUAAAGAACUUGGUGCCUCUGGGGUCUUUGCUUUCAUAUAAGUAACAUGAUACUUAAACAUCUGUAUGAUGUGUUUCUAAUGUGUUGUUACUGUUUCUUCAUGUGAAUGUACCAUCAUAAUGCUACCAAAGUCUAUUGACUGCUCUGUUAACACGCACAGAUUUAAAUAAAUAAUUUUUUCAAGUAAA